CAGGAAACCAAGGCCAGACCAGUUUCGAGUUUCACCAGAGAGGGAGGGAUCUGAAAACAAACAAGUCCAGAACUAACAAGCGGGUUACUGUAUCUUGCAGAUCUGUGCCAUGAGGUCCUCUUCCCUCCUCCUGCUUUCCUUCCUGUUGGGUGUGUGCGAUGUUCAUGGGGCUUCAGAGUUUAGAAUCUGUGCCUUCAACCUUCAUCACUUUGGGGAGGCCAAGGCCAAGAAGAACAAUGUCAUGCAUUCUCUUGCCAGGAUCAUCACUCGCUGUGAUGUGUGUUUGCUUCAGGAAGUGAGAGAUGCUAAAGAAAAAGCAGUACCAAUGCUGCUUGACCGCCUUAACAGGUACGACACUGAACAUACCUAUGAUACUGUGUCCAGUGAGAGACUGGGCAGGUCUUCCUCAUACCAGGAGCAGUAUGUGUUUGUUUACAGGACUGAUACAGUGACGGUCACUGGCCAGUAUCAGUACCCAGAUAAUAAACCAGGAGAUGUUGAUGCUUUCUCCAGAGAGCCUUUUGUUGUCCGCUUCAAAGCCCGCAAGACAGCUAUAAAGGAGUUUGUCCUCAUACCUCAGCACACCACUCCAGACAACACCACUAAAGAGCUUGAUGCGCUAUAUGACGUUUUGCAAGAUGUGAAGAGGAUGUGGAAAACUGAGAAUGUAAUGCUUCUUGGGGACUUCAACGCUGACUGCGGUUACCUUGCUAAGAAGAACAGGAAGAAUGUGCGCCUGAUUACAGAGAAGAACCUUUAUUGGCUCAUUCCAGAAAAGACUGACACCACUGUGCGAUCAUCCACCUCCUGCAGCUACGACAGGAUCGUUGUGAAUGGGGAAACAUUUGCCAGAGCAAUCGUACCUAAUUCAGCCAACCCCUUUAACUUCCAAACGGCAUACCGACUCUCAGAGGAACAGGCAUUGGAGGUUAGCGAUCAUUACCCAGUGGAGGUCCUGCUGAAGGACAUUGCAAACAAAGUCUCCUUUACAAAGUUUCUGUCUUUGUUUGUCCUCGGCCACCUUGUCUUCCAAAUGUCAACAUGGUAGUUUAAUAAUUAACUGAUGUGGAUUUUUGUCAUCUCAGUCUGAAGACAAUCUCAGGAAGGCUAAUGAUGAUAACUGAUUAGAAUUUCAUAAUGCUCCGUCUUGCCAUAUACCACUGAUAACACUCCACAGAAAUGGCUCUCAAUGUUGAGUUCAGAAAAACAACCGAAAAUUACACAACUUUGCCAUUAACUAGUUUGCCAUUUUGAACAGUAAAAUCUACCAAUGGGAAAUCCUCAGUAUGUUUUAAGUUUUUAUAUUUAUAAAUUUUUUAUAGCAAUCUGUAUUUCUGUUAAAUACAUAUAAGAGAUAACAAAGAUAGUGGUCAAUUUUAGGUCUGGCAGUUUUAUGAUAUUUCAUAUUUUUCUGUGUCAAAUUUGGACAAGUUUGAUUAGCCACGCUGUUCGCCAAAUAUUUUUAGCAAAUAAUUUUGUGCUCAAAGUUUAAAAAAAAGAAAAAAGAGGAUGGUUGCUAAAACAGGAAGAUGACGUUUGACUAUAGUAGAAUCUGUACGUGAUACGUCAUCCUCUAAGCUUUCGCAGGUGUACUGUUAUAAAUAUCAUACAUAUCGUUCUAAGCUAGCCAGUCAAAUUGUAAUUUUAAUUUAAUUAAUUUAAUUUUCACAAUAGCAUUUGUAGCCUAUGUGCAGUGAAAGGCUGCAACCAACACAAUAAAUGACACCAGAUCCCACCAACUCUCUCUCACUCGCUCUCUUCAUCACAUCUUCAGCAACAUGUUUCAGGACAUGUUGAAAGUUUUUUUUUU